GCACGUGUGCGCGCCGGGGCGAGGGCGGGUGGGAGGCGCAGGAGCAAGUCCCGCUCUGCGCGCUGCCCGGUAAGCUCACCGGAUACCCACGCGAGAAAACAACCAAUGGCAACAUGCAGCUCCCGGGGCUGCAGUAAACACGGUCACAGGCUCAGCCCCCCGGCCCCGUGCUGUUGCUGCACCCUUGGCCCGGCUGCCUGCAACGGCUCCCUGCACAAGUGCAAAGCAGCGCCCGGGGCGGGGUUGUAUCGCGUGCUCCCCUCCCGCUUUGGGAAACCAGCACCCCACCGGGGUUCCUCUUUGUGAAGUAGUUUUCUCUGUGUGUGUGAGGGGCAACCAGUUGCACGCCCUAAAGUGAGGAGAGUGGUUACUUUUCCCCUUGCCAGUCCCCCUCCUCCCCCUCAAUCCCGUUUGCUCUCGGUUGCGGUGUGUGGCGAAGAGGGGGAGGGAGAGCCGUGGAGGGGGAUGUCCUCUUGUUUUGCCGGAGGAGCAGCGCAAAAGGGGAACCUCGGCUUGAAGAAGGGGCGAGAAUCAACAACCCGGGAGCAGCCCGAACAGAAAGGUAGCGGCGUGUCCCCGAACCAGGAGAUGGGGGAGUUGAGACGAGCCUGAGGCUGCAUAUUGGAAGAGUGGCAGAGCCAGGAUUAGAAUUCGUGCCCUUCUUACUUCUGAUGCUGUUAAUUUCUGCAGACCAAAGUACCUUAAUUCUAGCUCCCAUUGACAUCGGUUGCAAAACCCCAGUUGUAAUUUAAAGGGAAGAUACUUCUAUUGUUGGUGGAAAGAAAAAGAAAAGUUACCUCCAUGGAAGAUUCUCAGGAUUUAAAUGAACAAUCAGUAAAGAAAACGUGCACAGAAUCAGAUGUUUCAGAGGCUCAGAAUUCCAGGUCUAUGGAAAUGCAGGAUCUAACAAGUCCUCAUAAUCUUGUUGGAAGCAGUGAUAAUCCGAGUAGUUCCAAACUGGAUAAAUCUAAUCUCAGCAGCACGUCCAUCACAACAAAUGGAACAGGAGGAGACAACAUGACUGUUUUAAAUACUGCAGACUGGUUGCUGAGUUGCAGCACUCCCUCUUCUGCAACAAUGUCUCUUCUUGCAGUCAAAACAGAGCCCAUGAACAGCAGUGAAACAACCACCACCACCACAACUGGAGAUGGAUCGCUUGACACUUUUACUGGGUCAGUAAUAACAAGUAGUGGCUACAGUCCAAGAUCAGCACAUCAGUACUCGCCGCAGAUAUAUCCCUCCAAGCCCUAUCCACACAUUCUUUCUACACCAGCAGCUCAAACAAUGUCUGCCUAUUCCGGACAGACCCAGUAUUCAGGAAUGCAACAGCCUGCAGUCUAUACAGCCUACUCACAGACUGGACAGCCUUACAGCUUACCUACUUACGAUUUGGGUGUAAUGUUGCCAGGCAUCAAGACGGAAAGCGGGCUUUCGCAAACACAGUCACCACUGCAGAGUGGGUGCCUUAGUUACAGUCCAGGGUUUUCCACACCACAGCCCGGCCAAACACCAUAUUCUUAUCAAAUGCCAGGUUCUAGUUUUACUCCCUCAUCUACUAUUUAUGCAAAUAAUUCAGUCUCGAAUUCUACAAACUUCAGUAGUUCACAACAGGAUUAUCCAUCCUACACAGCUUUUGGCCAAAAUCAAUAUGCACAGUAUUAUUCAGCAUCAACAUAUGGAGCAUAUAUGACCUCAAACAACACAGCUGAUGGCACGUCUUCAUCAUCAUCAACCUAUCAGCUACAGGAAUCUCUCCCUGGCCUAAAUAGUCAACCAGGUACAGACCUUCAUCCAGGGGAGUUUGACACAGUACAGAGCCCCUCAACACCGAUCAAAGAUCUUGAUGAGAGAACGUGUCGGAGUUCUGGGUCAAAGUCUCGGGGUAGAGGGCGGAAGAAUAAUCCAUCACCCCCUCCGGACAGUGACUUGGAGCGUGUAUUUGUUUGGGAUUUGGAUGAAACUAUCAUCGUUUUUCAUUCGCUGCUUACAGGAUCCUAUGCACAAAAAUAUGGCAAAGAUCCACCAAUGGCAGUGACCCUGGGCCUGCGAAUGGAAGAAAUGAUUUUUAAUCUUGCUGAUACACAUUUAUUUUUUAAUGAUUUGGAGGAAUGUGAUCAAGUUCAUAUAGAUGAUGUUUCUUCUGAUGACAAUGGGCAAGACCUAAGUACCUACAGUUUUGCAACUGAUGGCUUCCAUGCAGCUGCAAGUAGUGCAAACCUUUGUCUGCCAACAGGUGUAAGAGGAGGGGUUGACUGGAUGAGGAAGCUGGCUUUCCGUUACAGAAGAGUAAAAGAAUUGUAUAAUACUUACAAGAACAACAUAGGAGGUCUCCUUGGCCCUGCUAAAAGAGAUGCGUGGCUGCAGUUAAGAGCAGAGAUUGAAGCUCUGACCGACUCCUGGUUGACAAAUGCACUUAAAUCAUUAUCAAUUAUUAGCACUAGGAGUAACUGUGUAAAUGUUUUGGUAACAACCACCCAACUUAUCCCAGCACUUGCAAAAGUCCUGUUGUAUAGUUUAGGAGGUGCUUUUCCUAUUGAAAAUAUUUACAGUGCAACCAAAAUAGGAAAAGAAAGUUGCUUUGAACGAAUAAUGCAAAGGUUUGGCAGAAAAGUAGUAUAUGUUGUAAUUGGGGAUGGUGUAGAAGAAGAACAGGCAGCAAAAAAGCACAACAUGCCUUUCUGGAGGAUAUCAAGUCAUUCGGACCUCUUGGCUCUACAUCAAGCACUGGAACUAGAGUAUUUGUAACUGUGUUCUAUAGUUGGCGAUCCUUUUUUAUAUUUCAAGUACACUGAAUUUUUAUGUGUGAUUCGAUGCCUCUGGCUUAACACAUAUGAAUUGUCUUAAGAAGGGAAGAAAUAUUUGGAAUGAAAAUUCCACAAUGAAGAAUUCAGAUUGCUGAAUGGAGUUAAAAUGUUAGUGCUACAUAAGGAAGCUCUAUGGUCUUAUAUAUGCAACAUUUCUAACAAAUAAAAACCUAUGGAGGUUGCUGGUACACACCAAAUGAGCCCUAACGGGAGCGAACAAAGGACUCAUAAUGGCAAAGCACCAACAUGCGUUUUCUGACCGACAAGGUGGUGGUCAACAACAUUCCUCAAUAUGGGGUAUAUUCUCAGCACUGAGGUUUGAACCAGACUUUAGCCUACCUAACCCAGAAAAUCUGAAUUGGAAUGCACUCAGACUGUAUAAUGACAAUCCUGUCUAGACCUGUAAUUUGUGUAAAUUAUUGAUGAAAAUAAUUUACUGUGACUUUAUUAGCAGCUGAUUUUUGGAAGUGGAUGCAAUUUUUCUUUUUUUGGAGGGGUGGGGAAGGGUUAUAUAAUAUUGUCUCUUUUAUAAGUUUGGCAAACAGAAUGUGCAUAAUGAUGUGUUGUGCCUUAAAGACAAGACCGUGUUUGUGUGUUACAAUGUAAUUUUGGUUAAAAACUAUGUAGAUAAACAAAAAAAGUUGACAUUUUUUGACAUGACCAAAUUUCAAAUUCAAGUAAUCAAAGAGCAGGGCUGCAUCAAAAGCAUUUAAGUAUUUGUUUCAGUAAGAAAAAAUAAAGGAAAGUUUGUGGUUUUUAUUUGGUUUCUGAAUAGUUCCACUGAGGCAAGUUAAGAGGCUUUUGGGAGGCUGAAAUAAUAUUGGGGACCGUUACCUUCAAAGCUAAAGCAAUUGCUUAACAUCUUGAACAUCCUUUCUUCAUUCUCACAUGAGAAAACUAAGAGCCAUAUUCAUUAAAUUACUUACAGGCUACAGAAAAACCUGCAUAGGGAGCAUCUACCAUUUAAACAAAACCAAAUUAAGUCUCUUCCAUUUCCCUCUUUCCCUGGUUAGGAAUGGCAUGGGGGGGGGGUCAUAUUCCACACUGUAGUCCUACCACCCCACAUCUGAUUUCAGUGUCAUGAAGCAACUGGAAGUGUUAAUAACUUUUGUUUAUUGUGGAGGAUGGAAAUUGCUCUUCCUUGAUACUGUACACCCACUUGUUCUGACUGUAUAGAGAACUUGUCAUGAUAGGAUGUGAAAUGCAGAUGCCAGGGACACCUAUGUAAGGACAGUACUCAAUAAUGAUAUGCAGUCCUCCUGGUCUUUACUGUGAAACCAACCUAUUUCUAUUCAGGAGUUGCUUAUAGGGAAAUUACUUGUUGCUUAUUUAAACUACAUUGACCAUGUCAAAGUCAGGUCUUCGGGUGAAAUCCUGGCCCCAUUGAAGUCAAUGGCAAAACUCUUUUAUAACUAAGUAAAAAGAAAUUCCUUUGCCUCCAUUGGAAUUUUGUACGCAAGUCAUUCAGACAACAGGCUGGUAUGCUACUGCCACAAGUUUUAAAUGUGGUCUUGCCACACAUUAAAUUAUUAUAUACCUCCAAUUACAGAAGAAAUGUGUGUGUGUGGUGGGGGGGGGGGAUUCCUUUUUCCCCUCUUGAAAGAGGCCUAUGGCUGGGAAUUAUUUACAGAUAGUUUAUUCUUACAGUAUGGUACCUGAUCAAAUUUGGCCUAAAAAUAAAAUUUGAUGUAAAGCGGUUAAAAUUUUAAGUUUCCAUUUUUUUUAUUACAGUGAAAAUUAAGUGAAGCAAUUUUAAAUAUACUGAAAGACUUAAAUAUACUAAUGUCUUCAAAAUCAUUUUAAUAUGUGCUUUUAAAAAGGAACAUGGCAGCUAUAGUAACAUGUAGUCCACAGCCUGCCAUCUAUUUAAAAAAAAAUUCAUGUCAUGAAAGUUAUGCAUAUGCUCCUAUGGGAGGGUAUGGCUCAGAGUGAUAUAAAAUUUUGUCAAGUAUCAGAGGGGUAGCCCUGUUAGUCUGAAUCUGUAAAAAGCAACAGAGGGUCCUGUGGCACCUUUAAGACUAACAUAAUUUUGGUACGUUUUUGUACAGCAUCUAGCACAGUGAAGCCAUGAUAAUAUUGGGACUUCUAUGCAUUAGCUUCAUACUAUUAAUAAUAAUUCACAAAACCUUACAGCACCUCACCACUUAAGGGUUUAGCCCUAAGCCAUUUACACUUCACACACAAUACCAAAGCUCUUUCCAGAAUCCAGAUGCACAGAUAUACUCUACUUAAGGAAAAAGUAACACAGGUGGUAUCUUUAAAUACAGUCUCAUAGCAUAUUCUUACUUCGAUAAGGCUGCCUGCAUGACAACUAGAGGCAUGAAUAACCAAGGCAGAUAUUUUACUCAAAUUGGACAGUUCCAAAUCGAUAUGGUUGGACUUAAGUAAGCUUUGGUCAUUUGGACUUUGAGUGCAUUUUAAUUCAAUGUAUAUAAUACAAUAAUAACUGCCUCCCUUCAAUCCCUACCCCCAAAAUGAAUACAAUGUUAUGUUUGCAAAUACUAUGUGCAAUUAAAAUAUAGAUUAUUGUGCCUUUUGCAGUUACUGUAGCAAUCUAAAGUGAGUACAGUACUUGAACAUUAGGCACUUUUCAAUACUGCACUUGCAAGAUAUAAAUACAGUGCAAUUUCAAUCACAGAGUAAGCAAUAUCUGAAAUAUAAGGGGUAAGUUAGUACAGUUCAGUAUAAAAAAAGUAAAGUGAAAUCUAGAAGCAAAGCUCUGUCUUAGACACAUUUGUUGAUUGUGCACAAAGAUAUAGGUGAUGGCUGACUCCCAGAAUUGGAUUUUAUUAGUAUCCAGUAUAAGCAGCAAUAUAUGCACCAAAAACAUGUUCCAGUCUAAGCACUGACACAGGAGAUCUGCCCAUAUCAAAAUCCUGGAUCCAAACACACCUGAACAUUCGGGGGGAGGCGGGGUUUGAAAUCCAAAUCCCAAAUUUAAGUGUGUGGUGGAUUUGACCCUUGCCAGGAAGACUACAUUUUAGCGGUGAACUUGGAUCCAGCUCCAGGGUUUUAGUUCAGGAGCCAGCUCUACCUUAUACCAAGCAUAUGCUUUAAAUGAAUAUGGUAUUUAGUAUCUCUAAAGAGGAAUUUUUUAAGUGGCAUGAGCCAAAAUUGUGUUACGACUCCCAGCAAUAGCAGCAUUUUGGAAAUUUAAUUGAAGCCAAGUGUCUGUCAUGUAUUAGCAAGUUCUAGUUUAUUGGGGCCUACCUAAUUUAAGAUAAUGUAAAUUAAUAUUAAAAGCUUGUAAAAUAUAUGUACAUCUUUACUACUUCUCAAUAAAUACAUUUGGAACUGUUGUCAUUUUCUGUACUA